AUGAGAGGAUAGGUGUAAAAAUCAACUGGAAACCAUAUCGAUGUGCUUUAUGGAAUACCCUGUUGCAGUUUUUUUAAUACACAGAGAUGAACUAUUCGGGAAAUCAUCACAAACACAGGCUUAUGCUUUUUACAGCAAGUAUGUGAGUGAACAGAGGUGGAUUAGAAGGUCUAGGGGGGAGUCUAUUGCGCGGAGUUUGUGACCGUCUCAAUGAUGGAACAUGCAUUGCAUCAUCCCACAAAAUUGGUGGAAGGGAUUUUUGUAUUUUAUUUAUGGGUACAGAGAUGAUUAAUUGGGUUGCUGGAAGUACGUGAGGCACGCGACAAUGUUUCUCCCGUUCGACUCUGGAGGAUCAUGCAUGAAGGAAGAGAGAAAAAAAUGAUCUUGUGGAGUCCAAUUGCCCACACAGACUUUUGUCAAGAAGUCACAUUUUGAUAAACUUCCCCAGCACAUUUUUCAAGUGAAUUUUCUGUGAAAAUUUAAGUAAGAAAUCUCAUGAAUUUCCCGUGAAAAUUGUAAUUUUCCUCCUGCCACAAACAACAUGAGGACAUCAAUCGUUUUUGUAGGCAUCACUGUGAUUUCUAUGUUGUACAUAAAUUCAGCCUUUGGGAGGAAUUCGGGCAAUUCCAUCACCAAUCGAUUGGACUAUGUGCUGCAGGAGGUUUUCCUGAAAGUACCGGAAAAGCCGGGAAAGGUUCGUGAAAAAGAUCCUCCGGAUGCUGCAGAAAGUGGAGAUGUUGGGGAUGAUCAGGGAACAUUUGUGGAUUACUAUCUUGUGGGGAAUACAGCAUAUCUCCAGAAUGAUUAUUCAAUAUGUUCGUACUUCUUUGAGAAAGCCAUUAUGGAGUAUCGUGAUUACGCCAAUGUGGUGGCAACAUGUCGCAUUGGUUGUGUCUACGAGACUAACGAUGGGAAGCCGCUCUAUGAGGAAAAUCCGGAGAAUCUUCAUUUUUUCGAUUGGAUUGUGCGGAAGACACUCUGCCUGAAGAAAUGCCUCUUUCGGGAUCUCCCGAAAAAGUAUAGAUUCUUCGAAGUAAAUGAUGCUUUCCGGGAAAUUUUUCACAGCAGGAAACCCUAUGAGUACCUCCAGUUGUGCCACUACAAGAAUAAUGAGAUCGAGAAGGCUGUAGCAGCUGCAGCAACAGUCCUCGCCAUGUUCCCAGAGCACAAAUUGAGCCUCAGCAAUCUAAAGUACUACACAACACUCCCGGAAUUCCAUGUGGAUUUCCUAAAGGAUGAGGAAGCAAAGAAAUUUGUUGCAUUCUACCAGAAGGGAAUGGAUUUGUACAGAGAAUCACGAUGGAUGGAGUCAAUUGAGCAACUGGAGAUGUCACUGAAGAUGUUCCUCAGAGAGGAAAACAUGUGCAGGGCCUUCUGCGAGGGUUCCUUCAAUCAGGGAUGGUAUCCGGACUUUAUCACAUCAACUGCCAACCAUUUCACAUAUAGCCUGCGUUGCAAGAAGAAUUGCACGAUAGACAUGAGCAUUGUGGGAACGCAAAAGUAUCCGGAUGUUCUUCCAAGUCACUACGAAUACCUGCAGUUUGCAUACUUCAAUGUGGGUAACAUUGAGGAAGCCAUAAAAUGCACCGUGACCUAUUUAAUGUUCUUCCCGGACAACCAAAUGAUGCAAGAGAAUCUCAACUUCUACAGGAAUCAUCCAGAAGCCAAAGAAGAAUUCUUCAUUGAGAGAAAUGAAGCCCUCGAGUACUACCAAAGAGCACGCUAUGAGAAAAGUCUAAUGCAGUUCAUCAAUGAAGAAUUUGCAAAAAGUGUUGUGGAGAUAAAUACCAAAGACGAAAAAACGCAAAAUAUCUGAUUAAAUUGAUUUAAUUGCAAAAAAGUCA